GUAUCCCACAAGCAGUGUGCUUUCCUGCACGUGACGGUAGUCAGGGGGCGCAGAAUUACCAAAGGAUGGGCUCAAGAUCUAGUUGACACACCAGAUCCGUAUGUCAUUCUGACCUUUGUGAAUUCCCCUCAGUCCUGGAGGAAGACAUCUGUCAAGGACAAUGACAUCAAUCCCGAAUGGAAUGAAACCUUCACCUUUUGGCUUGACCCAGAUCAGGAUCACACAUUAGAAAUGUCUUUGAUGGAUGCCAAUUAUACUGCCGAUGAGCACUUAGCCUCCAGAUCCUUGCCUCUGAAUUCAUUACCCAUUGACAAGAAAAUUCAAACAACCAUUUGUUUCAACGAGACAUCGGAGGUGGACAUUGAAUUAUGGGCAGAAAUCAAAAAUGAGCCCGAUCUGCGAUUCAGUCUGACCCUGUGCCCAGAAGAAAAAGCUUUCAUUGACACCAGAAAAAGAAACAUUCACAAAGCUUUCAAAGAUCACUAUGGCUUUGCAGCGCCACGUAACUACAAAGAGGUACCAGUGAUAGCUGUGAUUGGUUCCGGCGGGGGAUUUCGCGCAAUGACAGCCUACAGUGGGGUCAUGUCUGCACUUUCAGAGCUUGGUGUUAUUGACAUGGCAAUGUAUGUAGGUGGUCUGUCCGGAUCAGCAUGGUAUUUGUCCCAAUUGUAUUCACACCCAGACUGGCCACACAUAUCACCAGGUGAACAAAGAGAAGAAAUCAAGAACAGUAUUGACCGCAGUUUCCUGUGGUUAUUCAGAUCCUUUGGAGUCACUUUUGUCAAAGAAGUCUGGAAAAAGAGAAGCCGAGGAGAGCCGGUUUCUUUUACUGAUAUUUUUGGACAUCUAGUUGGAUAUACCUUGCUAAAAGAUCGCCUUAAGGCCAAGCUGAGUGACCAGAGGCAGACAGUCCAGGCCGGUCUGUGUCCGCUACCUUUGUAUACAUGUCUACAUGUGAAGAAAUCUGUUUCGGCAAUGAUUUUUCAUGAAUGGAUGGAAUUUUCUCCUUAUGAGAUUGGACUACCAAAGUAUGGGACAUUUAUGAAGACAGAACAGUUUGCUUGCAAGUUUUUCAUGGGUUCAGUAAUAAAAGAAUUUCCUGAACCGCCCCUACAUUUUCUGCAAGGUAUUUGGGGCAGUGCUUUCUGCAUUCAGUUCAAGCGUCUUCUUCAAGAUGACAAAAACAUUGACAUGUCAGAGAUGAUGAGGCGAGAACGAGAGGAACUGGUGGAGGAGUUAAGCAAAGACAUUGAUGUUUGUGAUGUUGACGACAGCGAAUCUAGUGAUGAAGAAAACGUCAGUGAAAAGGGAACUCACGGAGAAAAGACAACAGGUGGUUUACAAAGAAGACGAUCAAAGAGCUCAAAAUUGAAGCAGAAAUCAUUCUGGGAUAGCAUGGUGGCAAGGAUGCUUGAAUCGCGAUGGUUUCAGAGCAUAGAACUGCGAGCGGCUCAAGUCUUCAACUUCCUGCGAGGCCUGUCACUCAACAAUGUUUACCCUUUCUCUCCAUUCACCAAGAUGCAAGAAGAGGAAGAUGAAAAUAACAAAGCAACAUUUGGCUCUAUAUUUGACCUUCACCCAACAAACAUCAAGAAACUGUAUGUAGUAGAUAGCGGGCUUACAUUCAAUUCGCCUUACCCUGUCAUACUCCGCCCUCAGCGAGAAGUGGAUAUUAUCUUAUCAUUUGACUUCAGUGCCAGACCAACGGAUGAUACACCACCUUUCAAGGAACUUCUCUUAGCUGCCAAAUGGGCAGAGAUAAACAAGAUUCCAUUUCCACCCAUUGAUCCUACAGUAGUUCAAAGGGAAGGACUGAAAGAAUGCUACGUCUUCAAACAUCCAUGGGAUCCUAACUGUCCCAUUGUUCUACACUUCUGUUUGGUUAACAUCAACUUUAAAAGAGAAGUUAGGCCAGGAAUACCACGAACAACACAAGAAGAAUUUGACUUUGGCAACUUCAGCAUUUUUGAUGAUACUUCCCAUCCUUACUCAACAUUCAAAUUUACUUAUACGCAUCUUGAGUUUGACAGAAUUUCUAAACUGAUGGAAUACAACACACUUGUGUGCAAGGAUAUCAUCUUUGAUAACAUCUCUACCUGCAUAAAAAGAAGAAAACGUUUUUCUAUCCGACGUCCUUGUACAAAGAAAGAUAUUGCCAGACUAAGUCUGAACAAUAAGGCAAAGGCGGAAAAGUUAUUCGAAUACAUUAGUAUGGUUGAAAAGGUUUCAAAUAUAAAUGACAAUUCUGAAACUGAAACUCCAGAAAAUAUUACAGUGAGAUACGAUUGCCAGACAUCAAACAAGUCACGUCCAACAAGCACUCCAAUUAACAUCUGUACACCGGAUAUCCAUUAUAAAAAGGAAUCCUUAUCAAAAGAUGGCAAACAUUACAGUGACAGUUUACAAGAGCACUAUGAACGAAGAACUAUGAGUCAAGUGAAAGAAGAAGAUGAACAAGACGAACUUUGCGUUCCCCAAAAUACUGAAUCUAAAACAAACAGUCCAUCAGUGAAUAAAAAGAUCACGAUUAGCCGAUCACGGGCUGUUACUGCAUCAAUGCGACCUAAUCGUACACAAGAGACUGAACUUGACAUACUUCAUCAAAAGUACAUUGACACUGGAAAGCCAAUUACAGAAGAAAAACAUGUCAAUGGCAAUCAGUCAUCUUAUCCCAAGCCGCCGCUAGUGUUGCAGGAAAGCUUAAUGGAAACAAUGAUUGAAAAUAAUUCUUCACAUUCUGUAGACCUUGUAAGUGACGUACAUUAUGACAGAGGUGAUUCUGGGUUAUUAAACAUGGCUAGUCUGGAUAAAUCAGUGAAAGAUUGGAUAGAUACAGAAGAACGUGUCACAGAUUUAUAA